AGAAAACUUGACAGUAGUUUCAGGUGCUAUAUAUCUAGUCUGUAACUGAACUUCAAGGAAAAGGAGAGAAAUGUGGAAGCUUGUGUUAUCAGAAGGCAAUGAUGAAUAUCUUAGAACAACAAAUAAUCAUGCUGGUAGACAGUACUGGGAGUUUGACCCAGAACUUGGAACGGAAGAAGAACGAGUUCUAGUUGAAAAAGCUCGUCAUGAGUUUCAUCAGAACCGGUUCAAUGUCAAACACAGCACUGAUGUACUCAUGAGAAUCCAGUUGGAAAAGGAGAAACCGAGAGAAAAGGACAUAGAGCAGAUAAAAGUUGAGACCGAUGAGGAAAUUUCAGAGGAAACAGUGGUGACUACAUUGAGAAGGGCCUUAAGGUUCUAUUCAAGUCUCCAGGUUGAAGAUGGACAUUGGCCUGGUGAUUAUGGUGGUCCCUUGUUUCUUCUUCCUGGCUUGAUAAUUUCUUUGUCAGUGAUGAGGGCUCUUGAUACUGUUUUAUCGCAACAACAUCAAUGUGAGCUUAAGCGAUAUCUAUAUAAUCAUCAGAACAUAGAUGGAGGAUGGGGAUUGCAUAUUGAAGGGCACAGCACUAUGUUUAGUACAGCCCUUAAUUAUGUUACUAUGAGACUACUUAGUGAGACAAGUGAUGGUGGAAAUGGAGCCAUGGAGAAAGCGAGAAAGUGGAUUAUUGACCAUGGUGGAGUGACCUACAUCCCAUCCUGGGGAAAGUUGUGGCUUUCUGUUCUUGGUGUUUAUGAGUGGAGUGGUAUCAAUCCACUACCUCCAGAGAUAUGGCUCCUUCCUUCAUCUCUUCCUUUCCACCCAGGACGCAUGUGGUGCCAUACUCGGAUGGUGUACCUGCCAAUGUCAUAUUUAUAUGGGAAGAAGUAUAUUGGACCAAUUACUACCACGGUUCUAUCUCUAAGAAGAGAACUAUAUAGAAAGCCCUACUAUGAGAUCAAUUGGAGUGAGGCCAGAACGCUUUGUGCCAAGGAAGAUUUAUAUUACCCACAUCCAUUUAUACAAGAUAUCCUGUGGAGUUCCUUGCACAGAGUUGUGGAACCUCUUUUGAAGCUUAGACCUUUUUCUAUGCUUAGGGAAAGAGCGUUACACAUGGUAAUGCAACAUAUUCAGUAUGAGGAUGAAAACACAAAUUUUAUCUGUCUAGGACCUGUAAACAAGGCUCUGAACAUGGUAUGUCGCUGGGUAGAAGAUCCUAAUUCAGAGGCAAACAAAUUGCAUCUCUCAAGAGUCAAAGAUUACCUUUGGAUGGCAGAGGAUGGCAUGAAAAUGCAGGGUUAUAACGGGUCUCAACUUUGGGAUACUACUUUGGGUGUCCAAGCAAUACUUGCCACCAACCUUGUUGAUGAAUAUGGAUCUAUGCUCAAAAAAGCACACAGUUUCAUUAAAGUUUCACAGGUCAGGAUUAACUGCCCAGGCAAUCUUAGCUCUUGGUUUCGUCACAUUUCAAGGGGUGGUUGGCCAUUCUCUACCACGGACAAUGGUUGGCCAGUUUCAGACACUACAGCAGAAGGACUGACAGCAGCACUCAUGUUAUCACGUUUGUCUUCUACUGUUGCUGGGGAAGAAAUGGCAAUAGAUCAGUUAUAUGACGCAGUCAAGUUGAUUCUCUCCCUUCAGAACAGCAAUGGAGGCUUUGCAUCUUAUGAGCUAACACGAUCUUCUGCAUGGUUAGAGAUGAUCAAUCCAUCAGAAACAUUUGGGGAUAUCAUGAUAGACUAUCAGUAUGUUGAGUGCACCUCUGCAGCAAUACAAAGUCUUAGGUUGUUUUUGAAACUUCACCCUGGAUAUCGUCAGAAGGAAAUAGAGGCAUGCAUUGCAAGAGCGAUUCAGUUUAUUGAGACUAUACAACAACCAGAUGGUUCUUGGUAUGGAUCAUGGGGAGUCUGCUACACAUAUGCAACAUGGUUUGGUAUAAAGGGGCUUGCAGCUAACGGAAGGACCUACUACAACAGUCAUAGCAUCAGAAGUGCUUGCAGUUUCCUUCUGUCCAAACAACUUGACAAUGGUGGUUGGGGAGAAAGCUAUCUUUCAAGCCAAGAGAAAGAAUAUACAAACAUUCAAGGGAACAAAGCCCAUAUAGUUAACACAGCAUGGGCCAUGAUGGCACUGAUUGAAGCUGGACAGGCACAUAGAGAUCCAAUCCCAUUGCAUCGUGCAGCAAAAGUGUUGAUUAAUUCUCAAACCAAAAAUGGGGAUUUUCCACAGCAAGAAAUUAUAGGAGUGUUCAACAGGAACUGUAUGAUAAGUUAUUCUGCCUACAGAAAUAUUUUCCCAAUAUGGGCAUUGGGAGAUUAUUUGAAUCAUGUAAUUAUAUCAUCAAAGGACAAGCUGGUGAAAAGGGCUACUACAACUUGAGCACAUUAUUAUCCAAUUAUCAUAUAA